AUGCGAUCAGCUUUUGGCUUGCUAUUAAGUUUGGUAGUGCUUGUCACUAGUGUGUUCGCACUCGUUAUAAAUUCAAACCUAGAUGGCCUUCACAAACGCGAAAAUGCCAUCAGCGGAGUUUUGCAUGACAAAAGAACAGAUGGGUCGGGUCCUGGAGACAAAAGAGAAGACCCAGACACAGAGCAUAAUUUAUCUCCUAGAGCAGUGGGUGGAGGCAACGGAAGGGCUGCUGCCGUGAAUUCUGCAUCUUCCAGUGACCAAAAUGCUAGGGCCAGCUCCAGUUCAGAUGUGAACUCGGCAAGACUGUCUGAGUCUUCUGGAUCGAGUGCUGCUCCAAGAUCUGCUGCAGCUUCGGAAUCUAGCGCUGCACCAAGAUCUUCUGAAUCCAGUGCUGCACCAAGAUCUUCUGAGUCUAGUGCUGCACCAAGAUCUUCUGAAUCCAGCGCUGCACCAAGAUCUUCUGAAUCAAGUGCUGCACCAAGAUCUUCUGAAUCAAGUGCUGCACCAAGAUCUUCCGAAUCUAGUGCUGCCCCAAGAUUAUCCGAAUCUAGUGCAGCCCCAUCUUCCGAAUCAAGUGCAGCCCCAAGAUCUUCUGAGUCUAGUGCUGCUCCAAGAUCUUCUGAAUCCAGUGCUGCCCCAAGAUCUUCCGAAUCAAGUGCUGCACCAAGAUCAUCCGAAUCUAGUGCAGCCCCAUCUUCCGAAUCAAGUGCAGCCCCAAGAUCUUCUGAGUCUAGUGCUGCACCAAGAUCUUCUGAAUCCAGUGCUGCACCAAGAUCAUCCGAAUCUAGUGCAGCCCCAUCUUCCGAAUCAAAUGCUGCCCCAAGAUCUUCCGAAUCAAGUGCUGCACCAAGAUCAUCCGAAUCUAGUGCAGCCCCAUCUUCCGAAUCAAGUGCAGCCCCAAGAUCUUCUGAGUCUAGUGCUGCACCAAGAUCUUCCGAAUCAAGUGCUGCACCAAGAUCAUCCGAAUCUAGUGCAGCCCCAUCUUCCGAAUCAAGUGCAGCCCCAAGAUCUUCUGAGUCUAGUGCUGCACCAAGAUCUUCCGAAUCAAGUGCUGCACCAAGAUCAUCCGAAUCUAGUGCAGCCCCAUCUUCCGAAUCAAGUGCUGCUCCAAGAUCUUCUGAGUCUAGUGCUGCACCAAGAUCCUCUGAAUCCAGUGCUGCACCAAGAUCUUCCGAAUCUAGUGCUGCCCCAAGAUCUUCUGCAGCUUCUGAAUCAAGUGCUGCCCCAAGAUCUUCCGAAUCAAGUGCUGCACCAAGAUCAUCCGAAUCUAGUGCAGCCCCAUCUUCCGAAUCAAGUGCUGCUCCAAGAUCUUCUGAGUCUAGUGCUGCACCAAGAUCCUCUGAAUCCAGUGCUGCACCAAGAUCUUCCGAAUCUAGUGCUGCCCCAAGAUCUUCUGCAGCUUCUGAAUCAAGUGCUGCCCCAAGAUCUUCCGAAUCAAGUGCUGCACCAAGAUCAUCCGAAUCUAGUGCAGCCCCAUCUUCCGAAUCAAGUGCAGCCCCAAGAUCUUCUGAGUCUAGUGCUGCACCAAGAUCUUCUGAAUCCAGCGCUGCACCAAGAUCUUCUGCAGCUUCUGAAUCAAGUGCUGCUCCUAGAUCUUCUGAAUCUAGUGCUGCACCAAGAUCAUCCGAGUCUAGUGCUGCACCAAGAUCCUCUGAAUCCAGUGCUGCACCAAGAUCUUCCGAAUCUAGUGCUGCCCCAAGAUCUUCUGCAGCUUCUGAAUCAAGUGCUGCUCCUAGAUCUUCCGAAUCAAGUGCUGCACCAAGAUCUUCUGAGUCCAGUGCUGCUCCUAGAUCUUCCGAAUCAAGUGCUGCACCAAGAUCUUCUGAAUCCAGUGCUGCCCCAAGAUCUUCCGAAUCAAGUGCUGCACCAAGAUCUUCUGAGUCUAGUGCUGCACCAAGAUCUUCUGAGUCUAGUGCUGCACCAAGAUCUUCUGAAUCCAGCGCUGCACCAAGAUCUUCCGAAUCUUCCGAGUCCAGUUCUGCUCCAAGACCAAGAUCGUCUGCCGCUUCUGAAUCCAGCUCUGCCCCAAGACCAAGAUCUUCUGAAUCGUCCAGUGCUGCCCCAAGAUCUUCUGCAUCAUCUGAAUCCAGUGUUGCACCAAGACCAAGAUCAUCCGAAUCCAGUGCUGCUCCAAGAUCUUCAGAGUCCUCUGAAUCCAGUUCAGCUCCAAGACCAAGAUCGUCCGAAUCUUCCAGUGCUGCACCAAGAUCUUCUGCAUCUUCCGAGUCCAGUUCAGCUCCGAGACCAAGGUCUUCUGCCUCUUCUGAAUCCAGUUCUGCUCCUAGACCAAGAUCAUCCGAAUCCAGUGCUGCUCCAAGAUCAUCCCAGUCCUCUGAAUCCAGUUCAGCUCCAAGACCAAGAUCGUCCGAAUCUUCGGAAUCUAGUGCCCCUAGACGUCCAGAAUCUAGCUCUAGUGUGCGUUCAGAGUCUUCUGUUUCUGUUUCUCAUUCUGCCUCAGUCUCUGAAUCUAGUUUGGUUCUGGAACUGUCCAGUGCCGAGUCAAGAAAGGAAGGAUCCAGUUCUGUACCUAAACCUUCUCGUUCUAGCUCUGAAGAGGGUUCCAGCUCUGCCUCUAGAAAGCCUGUUAAUAGCUCAUCCAGUUCUGAACCUGCUUCUAGUGAGAGCUCUUCCCAUAGACCUAGCAGCGAGUCGUCUGCGGCUCCAGCAUCAAGAUCAAGCGAUUUGGCAAGACCUACAGCUAGUGAAAGCCACAAGUCAAGUUCAUCAGAAAGUUUUUCUGCAAAAUCUAGCUCGGAACCAAGUUCGAGCCACCGUUUGGGCACCAACCCGUCAAGCUCUAGAGAGUUAAGCAGCCUGUCGAUUUCAGAAGCUCCUAGCUCCUCUGAAUGCUCAGGAUGUACCCAGUAUACGACUACCGUCUCUACUACCGAUGCACAGGGUGAGUUCGAAUUGAAAGCUGAGCUCAUUUUGAUUACAAGAAACUCCAGAGGAGCCCUUACUACAAGAACCCUCUCUCCUGAAUCAGCAAGCGAAUCUAGCUCUAGCCAUGAAUCUAGUUCAAGUCAUGAAUCUAGCUCUAGCCAUGAAUCUAGCUCCAGCCAUGAAUCUAGCUCUAGCCAUGAAUCUAGCUCCAGCCAUGAAUCUAGCUCUAGCCAUGAAUCUAGCUCCAGCCAUGAAUCUAGUUCUAGUCAUGAAUCUAGCUCCAGCCAUGAAUCUAGCUCCAGCCAUGAGCCAAGCUCUAGCCAUGAGCCAAGCUCUAGCCAUGAGCCAAGCUCUAGCCAUGAGCCAAGCUCUAGCCAUGAGCCAAGCUCCAGCCACGAAUCUAGCUCGAGCCAAGAAUCCAGUUCGAAGCCUCUUUCGAUCCAUAGGUCUAGCGCAAGCAGCCAGUUCAGCUCAAGCCAUCACACGAGCUCUAGUGAAUCGCAUGCAUCAAGCGGAGAGCCCAGCAUCUCUGCUGCACCAAGCUCUAGCCAUGUUCCAGUCCAUUCCUCGGCUUCUCUGGCGACUGGCUUAACCAACUCUACAGUACACUCUGCCAGCGUGCUGAUCUCCAGUUUCUCUGGUAGUUCUGACUGUCCCGAGUGUACCCAGUACACCACUACCAUCUCCACUGCUGGUCCUGAUGGAUUGUUUGAGUUGAUGGCAGAAGUUCUCAGAGUUACUACAGAUUCGAAGGGCUCAUUGACCACGAUGACCGUCGCAUCUCCAUCUGUUGUUGAAACCUUGUCUUCUCACGCUUCCGAGUCAUCUUCUCACGCUUCCGAAUCAUCUUCUCAUGCUUCAGAAUCAUCUUCUCAUGCUUCAGAAUCAUCUUCUCACGCUUCAGCUUUGGCUUCUGGUUCCAUUUCCUCGUCAGGUUCCCGUUCGUCUGAAGUCUCCUCUGUCAUCCAUGAGUCUUCCGCUAGCGCAGGCGUUCCAUCGAGCUCGUCACCAUCCUCAAGCGGUGCUGGCUCUUCAAGCUUCACUGAAUUCGUCAACUCCACAAGAUCAGAGGCUGGUCCUUCCAGCACUUUUGUCCCUGUUGACUCGACCAAUGCCAUUGCACCUGGAGCACAGACUGACACAACAGGUCCUGAAUCACAGAACCCUCUGGCAACCGGUCAAGGUACUUUGCCAGCUUCAGCGUCCACUAACGGAGCCGUGGAACCUUCUGGAAAUGCUCCAGCCCCAGCUUCUUCUCAGGCUUCUCCAGAAACUCCGGUUGCUUCUGAUGUAUCAGCACAGCCAACUACGACAUCUGCUGCUCUUACUCUUUCCACCGCCUCAACCGUCACGACUAUUUCCACAAUUUGCCCUGUUUGCACCCAGUAUACCACUUCGUUUGUUUCGACUGAUACUAACGGUGCAGAGACAACAUUGACCGGUAGCGUUGUGGUGUCUACAGAUGUAAACGGUGACCAGUUCACUUCGACGGUUUACUCCGAAAGCUUAACCCAAGCACUGGCAACUGAAAGUAUCGUGGUAUCUACUGAUGCUAAUGGCGAGGAGUAUACUUCAACAGUCACACCUACUGAGCAGCCACAGGCUUUGACUACUGUCGUGGUUUCUACUGAUGCCAACGGGGUGGAAUACACCUCAACUAUCAGCCCCACCGAACAACCACAAGUUUCAACUAGUGUUGUGGUGUCUACUGAUGCAAAUGGCGUAGAAUACACCUCAACGGUCUGCUCGACUCAAGAGCCACAAGCUUUGACCAGUGUGGUGGUCUCUACUGAUGUCAAUGGUGUGGAGUACACUUCUACAGUCAGUCCCACCAACGAACCCCAAGUUUUGACCAGUGUCAUCGUGUCUACCGAUGCUAAUGGUGUGGAGUAUACUUCUACUGUCUGCUCGACCGCACAGCUUGAAGCUACCUCUGGCAGUGUAGUGGUGUCCACUGACGUCAAUGGUGUGGAGUAUACCUCCACUGUCGUUGCUUCUGCCACACCUCAGGAAGAGGCACCUAAUGCCACUGCUUCUGAAGUGAGACAGGCCAACCUUGUCGCAACUUCAGCUGGCCCUGAAGGUACCGCUGCAGCAGAGAACUCGCCCGAGUCACCAAAUUCACAAGUGACUGUAGCAUCAUCGCUGGGUGCCUAUGAGGUUUCCACUUUGAUCAGUUCCCAGACUUCCGGAUCUGCGCAAUCUUCUACUGCUCCUGUUGUUUCUGUGACUGCCGGUGCGGGUGUUUUGCAAAAGAGCACAUCUGUGUUCGUUGCUUCGUUUUUGGCCAUGUUGCUUUUUUAA